AUGAGAGUGCAGGGAGGCUGGUAUAUCGGCCUUGUUGGUACCAUUUGCGUCCUUUCCAUUGGUCAGGAUUCCUUUCCUCGUGCCUCAGCGUGACAUCACAUCCACCCGACCCGCAGGAAAGCAGCGGAGAUUACAGAUGAUGCUGGACAUUUCCGAGGACGCACACACUCUUUGCGCUUUACGCACAGCCUACUCCUUUAAGGCACCGAAACACAAGGAUAUCAGCACUGAUGUCGUUCAGUUUGCAGAUUCUGUUCCCUGAGCAGUAGGUGAAGGAGUGCGCUUGGAUUUUCCUUUUUUUGUUUUUCACCUUUGUGGUUUUUGCGAAUGGGGAUGAGCCGCGCGUAAAAACCUGUUCCGUUUUUAAAGAAGAAGACGCGCUGUCACUCUCCCACCUGUUGGCAGGUGGUGUUGGCUUCACCCGCGGAAAACUCUACUAUGACAUUGGGUUCGGAAAUCAUGGAGGAUAUUGUUAUCGACGUAGUAGGGGAAGGACUCAAAGAUAACGGAGAGGAACUACCUUUAACUUCGGAUGAGUCGCAGAGUGAGGAGCGCGGCACGGAGACUCCCGGCAGCCAGAGUCAAGACACCUACAGUCCCGGUGGUCCCGCCGCUAAAACCAAAGGUCCCACAUCAGUGAAGCCUCCAUACUCAUACAUCGCUCUGAUCACCAUGGCCAUCCUGCAGAGUCCAAAGAAACGACUCACCCUCAGCGAGAUCUGUGACUUUAUCAGCCACCGCUUCGUGUAUUACCGGGAGAAGUUCCCCGCGUGGCAGAACUCAAUCAGACACAAUCUGUCGCUGAAUGACUGUUUUGUGAAGAUGCCCAGAGAGCCCGGGAAUCCCGGGAAGGGAAACUACUGGACUCUGGACCCUAACUCCUCGGACAUGUUCGAGAACGGGAGUUUCCUGCGGCGGAGGAAGCGCUUCAAGCGGCAGCAUUUUCGCUUCGACCCGCUCAAGGAGCAGCACCUGGAGCCCAGCGGACUGCACGGAUUCCCGCACGGCGCCGCCUACGGGCUCGGCACCGCGACUCUUCAGCUGCCCAGUCUGGACAUUUACCCUUACCUCCAUCAUCACCACCACCAUGCGCCCUCGCCGUGCGGCCCCGCCACCAUCCCACCUGUCAGCAGCAUCCUGCCGGCGCUCUCCAACUUCUUCUCCCGCAGCGCGCUCACAGCCAAAGCUUUCCUCCAGUCGCAGCCGGGAAUCGAAGCCUUCUCGCCGGCACAGUGUGCAGCCUACUCCUCGCCGCUGAGCCCCAGCGCUGCCUACGCCUCCUCCCCUGCGCUCUUCCACCCGGCGGCCGCUCCGCACUUUCUCUCUUUACACCAGGAGUAUCAGAAACUACAGACUCAGCGUGGAACCAUGGACCUGAUCAAACACAUCAACGCUGCCUCUAACGAGUAACGAGUGUGAGUUACUGUGGCGGACUUUGAACUGCGUGUUUUUUCUCAGGUAACAGAGACCAUUGAAGCAGAAGUGGAUGCAUCUGUGUUAAAGAAUGUUGUAGAUAAUGACACAAACUCUCUCCAUGUCUCCACCAAAAAAGAGCUCUUUUUUAUUUGAAUUGAAUUAUCAUCUUUUGUUGAAAUAUUUAAAUGACGAGUUUCCUAUACUUUUAUCUGGAAAAGAAAUAAAAGUGAAUAUUUAAA